UAUGACUUGGAAUCCUGCGAAUGUAACAUAGUAGAUUACUGUGUACAUCUGUGAAGAAUAGCGAAGAAGAGUUUGAGGCUUGUCGUCACUGAUAGGGCUAUCUAGCCGAGAUCGGAACCAACAGGACGUCCGUGCAAAACAUUGUCGUCCCCAGGUUUAUCUAUUUUGACCGUCGCCCCACCAGAUUCCCUCUUUCUCGACUCAUAGCUUUCCACAUCAAAUCCUUUUUCCCUCCCAAUUGACAUUGUACACAUAUCAAAAUGACGAAAGGACGCGUUUGCUUGGCUUACUCUGGCGGUCUCGAUACCUCUACAAUCUUGCGAUGGUUGAUCGAACAAGAUUACGAGGUCGUGUGCUUCCUCGCCAACGUGGGGCAGGAGGAGCCUUGGGAUGAGGUCGAGAAGAAGGCACUCAAGAUUGGUGCCCUCAAGAUGGUCAUUGUCGACCUGCAGAAGGAGUUCGUCGAGGAGCUUUGCUUCCGCGCUGUGCAGUGCAAUGCCUCGUAUGAGGGCAGGUACCUACUCGGCACCAGCUUGGCCCGCCCUGUCAUUGCCCGCGCCCAGAUCAAGGUUGCUCAGGAGGAGAACUGCCAGUUUGUGAGCCAUGGUUGCACUGGCAAGGGCAACGAUCAGGUCAGAUUCGAAUUGGCCUUUUACACUUUGCAGCCCACCAUCAAGGUCAUCGCACCAUGGAGGUUGCCAGAAUUCUGCGACAGGUUCAAGGGCAGGCAGGAUCUCCUCGACUACGCUGCUACUCACGACAUUCCCGUCACCAGCACCAAGGCUAAGCCCUGGAGUAUGGAUGCCAACCUUGCUCACUGCAGCUACGAAGCCGGUAUCCUCGAGGAUCCUGAUGUGUCUCCCCCCGAUGACAUGUGGACCAUGACCGACAGCCCUCUCAACGCCCCCGACAAGCCAACCAACAUCACCAUCCACUUCGAGAAGGGUAUUCCCGUGAAGGUCGUGACUCCUGAGAAGACCUACACCGACUCUGUGGAGCUAUUCGUCGCUUUGAACAAGCUUGGCUACACCCAUGGUAUUGGCCGUAUCGACAUUGUCGAGAACAGGUUCAUCGGACUUAAGAGCCGUGGCUGCUACGACUCCCCCGCCAUGACCAUCUUGCGCCUGGCCCAUUUGGACCUCGAGGGUCUUGUCAUGGACACCCAGGUUCGCAACCUUCGCGACCAAUUCGUGUCUCACAACUGGAGCUACCAGCUAUACAACGGCAUGUACUUCUCACCUGAGCGUGAGUUCGUCGAGAACAGCUUGGUCUUCUCUCAGCGCCGAGUCAACGGCGAGGUCAGGCUAUCGUUGUACAAGGGCAACACCUACGUCCUUGGAAGGUCCAGCGCGACCGAGAAGCUCUACUCCGAGGAGGAGGCUUCCAUGGAUACCCUUGACAACUUCAGCCCCAUGGACACCACUGGCUUCAUCGCCAUCCAGAGCAUCAGGCUCAAGAAGUACGGUCUCCAGAAGCAGGAGGAGGGUGCCUUCAACAAGGCAUAAACACUCAUCGAGAAUGCCAUCUAUGAUUUACUAGUGCUAUUGUUGACGAUACCGGCGCAAAAGGCUGGAAAAAAUACUAUUAAAACAGAUUCCC